CAAGACUGUUUUGGGCUGAGGACGGGACAGUUUGCAAAAUGGCCACCACCCGUGACAUCAUACCCUUGUACGCCUCUCUCCUUGACGCCUGCUCCUCCACCAAGAACCUCCAAAAACUCAAACGGGUUCACGCCCGAACCAUAAGACUCGGCAUUUCCCCCUAUGACUUCAUCCGAACCAAGCUCAUCUCAUCCUAUGCCUCGUGUGCCCAACUGCACAAAGCCAACGUGCUCUUCUCCUUCGCCACUCGUCGACCAACCUUCCUCUUCAAUGUCCUUAUCAGAGCCUAUGUGUCUCUCAAUUUGUUCUCUGACUCCCUUUCCAUCUUCCGCCAAAUGCUCGUUGCCGGCAAACCCAUUGACCGCCACACCUUGCCCGUUGUUCUAAAAUCUUGUGCCGGGUUAUCGGCUCUACGAUUGGGUCGGCAACUUCAUGGAGCGGUUUUGAUUAAUGGGUUUGCCUUAGAUUUGGCGAAUUCAAAUGCUUUGGUGUCAAUGUAUGCGAAGUGUGGCGAUUUGGUUAAUGCACGUAAAGUGUUUGAUGGAAUGCUGGUUAGGAAUGAGAUUUCGUGGACAGCAAUGAUGGCGGGGUAUGGAAUGCAUGGAGAUUUUGGUGAGGUGUUUCAGUUGUUUGAUAGAAUGGUGGGGGCGGGAGAGACGCCAGAUCCUGCCACUUUUACUGUGGUUCUGACAGCAUGUAGUCAUGGGGGGUUGAUGGACAAGGGUAAGCAAUAUUUUGAGAUGAUGGAAGGGACGUUUGGCGUGAGACCAGGGCUGGAGCAUUAUACUUCUAUGGUGGAUAUGUUGGGAAGGGCGGGGCAGGUGGAGGAAGCAGAGAAGUUGAUUUUGGGAAUGGAGGUGGAGCCUGACGAAGCUUUGUUUGGGGCCUUGCUGGGGGCUUGUAAGAUUCAUGGGAAGGUGGAUGUAGCUGAGAGGGUGGCAGAGAAGGUUUUUGGCAAGAGACCGAGUCUAGCAUCUACAGAAAAUGAUUUUGAGAAGAGACUGGGUGUAGCAUCUGUGUGAAUUAUUUUUGUGGACUUGAGAUUGUUUUUGUCAACAGAGUUGAAUCAGAAUUCUUCUCUAUUUAUCUCUACUUUUUUCAAAAAUAAAUUAUAUUUUAUUUAA